AUGCUGGCGAGAGACCGCAUUCCUGCAUUUUCCGACAAUUCACAUUUAAUGAGACACCUGAGAACCCAUACCGGCGAGAUACCUUAUUCCUGUGAACAAUGUUCAAAGGCAUUUUCCGACAAUUCAGAUUUAAGGAGACAUCCGAGAACCCAUACUGGAGAUUUAAAGGGACAUGCUACAGAGAAACCGUAUUCCUGUCAACUAUGUUUAAAGGCAUUUUCCAACAAUUCACAUUUAAUGAGACACCUGAGAACCCAUACUGGCGAGAUACCUUAUUCCUGUGAACAUUGUUCAAAGGCAUUUUCCGACAAUUCACAUUUAAUGAGACACCUGAGAACCCAUACCGGCGAGAUACCUUAUUCCUGUGAACAAUGUUCAAAGGCAUUUUCCGACAAUUCACAUUUAUUGAGACACCUGAGAACCCAUACCGGCGAGAUACCUUAUUCCUGUGAACAUUGUUCAAAGGCAUUUUCCGACAAUUCACAUUUAAUGAGACACCUGAGAACCCAUACCGGCGAGAUACCUUAUUCCUGUGAACAUUGUUCAAAGGCAUUUUCCGACAAUUCACAUUUAAUGAGACACCUGAAAACCCAUACCGGCGAGAUACCUUAUUCCUGUGAACAUUGUUCAAAGGCAUUUUCCGACAACUCACAUUUAAUGAGACACCUGAGAACCCAUAUCGGCGAGAUACCUUAUUCCUGUGAACAUUGUUCAAAGGCAUUUUCCGACAAUUCACAUUUAAUGAGACACCUGAAAACCCAUACCGGCGAGAUACCUUAUUCCUGUGAACAUUGUUCAAAGGCAUUUUCCGACAACUCACAUUUAAUGAGACACCUGAGAACCCAUAUCGGCGAGAUACCUUAUUCCUGUGAACAUUGUUCAAAGGCAUUUUCCGACAAUUCACAUUUAAUGAGACACCUGAAAACCCAUACCGGCGAGAUACCGCAUUCCUGUGAACAUUGUUCAAAGGUCGUCGAUCGUCUUAAGGCUGUCUGUGAUAUUUGA